CCGCCAUGGCGGACCCCGCCGAGUGCAGCAUCAAGGUGAUGUGCCGCUUCCGGCCCCUCAACGAGGCCGAGAUCCUGCGCGGCGACAAAUUCAUCCCCAAAUUCAAGGGCGACGAGACCGUGGUCAUCGGGCAAGGGAAGCCCUACGUCUUUGACAGGGUGUUACCUCCCAACACAACCCAGGAACAAGUUUAUAAUGCCUGUGCCAAGCAGAUUGUCAAAGAUGUCCUGGAGGGCUACAACGGCACCAUCUUUGCCUACGGCCAGACCUCGUCAGGAAAAACUCACACCAUGGAGGGGAAGCUCCACGACCCUCAGCUGAUGGGAAUCAUCCCCAGGAUUGCCCACGACAUCUUCGACCACAUCUACUCCAUGGAUGAGAACCUGGAGUUCCACAUCAAGGUUUCCUACUUUGAGAUAUAUUUGGACAAAAUAAGGGACCUGCUUGAUGUGUCAAAGACAAACCUUGCUGUACAUGAAGAUAAAAACAGAGUCCCCUAUGUCAAGGGCUGCACAGAAAGGUUUGUGUCCAGCCCUGAGGAAGUUCUGGAUGUCAUCGACGAGGGCAAGGCCAACAGGCACGUGGCUGUGACAAACAUGAACGAGCACAGCUCGAGGAGCCACAGCAUCUUCCUCAUCAACAUCAAACAGGAGAACGUGGAGACGGAGAAGAAGCUCAGUGGGAAGCUCUACCUGGUGGACUUGGCUGGCAGUGAGAAGGUCAGCAAAACUGGAGCAGAGGGGGCAGUUCUGGAUGAAGCUAAAAAUAUCAAUAAGUCUCUGUCUGCUCUGGGCAAUGUGAUCUCAGCCUUGGCAGAGGGAACUAAAACCCACGUUCCCUACCGAGACAGCAAAAUGACCAGGAUCCUGCAGGAUUCCCUGGGGGGGAACUGCAGGACCACCAUCGUCAUCUGCUGCUCCCCCUCCGUCUUCAACGAGGCCGAGACCAAAUCCACCCUGAUGUUUGGCCAGAGGGCCAAGACCAUCAAGAACACGGUGUCUGUGAACCUGGAGCUGACAGCAGAGGAGUGGAAGAAGAAGUAUGAGAAGGAGAAGGACAAAAACAAGAGUUUAAAGAAUGUUAUCCAGCACCUGGAGCUGGAGCUGAACAGGUGGAGGAAUGGAGAAGCUGUGCCAGAGGAGGAGCAGAUCAGUGCCAAGGACCAGAAGAACCUGGAGCCCUGUGACAACACCCCAAUUAUUGAUAACAUCACCCCCGUGGUCGCCAGCAUCUCCACAGAGGAGAAGCAGAAAUACGAUGAGGAGAUCGCCAGUCUCUACAGGCAGCUGGAUGAUAAGGAUGAUGAAAUCAACCAGCAGAGCCAGCUGGCUGAAAAAUUAAAGCAGCAAAUGUUGGAUCAAGAGGAGCUUUUGGCCUCCACGAGGAGGGAUUAUGAGAAGAUCCAGGAGGAGCUGACCCGACUCCAGAUCGAGAACGAGGCGGCCAAGGAUGAAGUGAAGGAGGUGCUCCAAGCCCUGGAAGAGCUGGCUGUCAAUUACGACCAGAAAUCCCAGGAGGUGGAGGACAAAACGAGGACCAACGAGCAGCUGGCAGAUGAGCUGGCACAGAAGAGUAGUGCCCUGACAGCGACCCAGAGGGAGCUGGGCCAGUUGCAGGAGCUCAGCAACCACCAGAAGAAGAGAGCCACUGAAAUCCUGAACCUGCUGCUGAAGGAUCUGGGGGAGAUCGGGGGAAUCAUCGGCACCAACGACGUGAAAACCUUGGCAGAUGUGAACGGCGUGAUCGAGGAGGAGUUCACCAUGGCCAGGCUCUACAUCAGCAAGAUGAAGUCGGAGGUGAAGUCUCUGGUGAACCGCAGCAAGCAGCUGGAGAGCGCCCAGAUGGACUCCAACAGGAAGAUGAACGCCAGCGAGAGGGAGCUGGCGGCCUGCCAGCUCCUCAUCUCCCAGCACGAAGCAAAGAUCAAAUCCCUGACAGACUACAUGCAGAACAUGGAGCAGAAGAGGAGGCAGCUGGAGGAGUCCCAGGACUCCCUCAACGAGGAGCUGGCCAAGUUGCGCGCUCAAGAAAAAAUGCACGAAGUCAGCUUCAAGGACAAGGAGAAGGAGCACCUGACACGACUCCAGGAUGCAGAGGAGAUGAAGAAGGCUCUGGAGCAGCAGAUGGAGAGCCACAGGGAAGCCCACCAGAAGCAGCUGUCCAGGCUGAGGGAUGAGAUCGAAGAGAAGCAGAAAAUAAUCGACGAAAUCAGGGACAUGAACCAGAAGCUGCAGCUGGAACAGGAGAAGCUGAGUGCUGAUUAUGAUAAAUUAAAAAUUGAGGACCAGGAAAGAGAAAUGAAAUUGGAAAAGCUCAUACUCCUUAAUGAUAAAAGGGAACAAGCAAGAGAAGACCUUAAAGGGCUGGAGGAAACAGUGGCAAGGGAGCUUCAGACUCUUCACAAUCUGCGCAAGCUGUUUGUCCAGGAUCUUACCACCCGUGUUAAAAAAAGUGUUGAACUGGAUAGUGAUGAUGGAGGUGGAAGCGCGGCGCAGAAGCAGAAAAUUUCCUUUCUUGAGAACAACCUGGAACAACUUACAAAGGUUCACAAACAGCUGGUACGUGAUAAUGCAGAUCUUCGUUGCGAGCUUCCUAAGCUGGAGAAACGCCUUCGAGCUACGGCAGAGAGAGUUAAGGCCCUGGAGAGUGCACUGAAGGAGGCCAAGGAAAACGCCAUGCGCGACCGCAAGCGCUACCAGCAGGAGGUGGAUCGCAUUAAGGAGGCCGUGAGAGCCAAAAACAUGGCCCGGAGAGCACACUCUGCCCAAAUUGCCAAGCCCAUCCGCCCUGGUCACUACCCAGCGUCUUCUCCGACGGCCGUCCACGCCAUCCGAGGGGGAGGGAUGUCCAACUCCAGCUACUACCACAACACCAAAUAAACGAGAGGUCAGUUCCACUUAGCAUGUUAAGGACUGUCAUUAAGUCACAUUAGUUUCUUUUUUGCCCCUCUCCAACCCGGUCCACGUCCUGCCCAUCCUGCGCUUCCCACGGCCGUCGGCGACGCCCCGCUCCAGGUACUCCGAGCUUCGUAGGAUCUCCACGUGU